AGGAUACGAGUUCACUUUCGAACGUUGUUCCGUUGUUCGCCGGUAUUUCCUUUUUUUGUGCCGUUAACUUUCAUUAUCUCGUGGUAGUGAGCAGUGUCUCUGAUUCAGCAAUGCCUAGUGAUCUAGUGGAAAAAGUAAUUUGGGAGGAGAGUGAUAAGUGUGAGGCUUAGGGUAGUGAAAACUGUAAAGGACGACAAGCCGUGUUUGUAAACUGGACGCCAUGAUUUCUGUCAAUGUAGGAUUUAUAUAUAUAACUGGAAUUUUGCUUACGUGAUGGUGGUCUUGUUGUUUCGCCCCUUCGCCUAGAUAUAAAUACGAAAAACAAUCCACCUGGCUUCCGAAUGAGCUUUGCAAAGACAUCAAUGCUAACCUAUUAUAGGCCUAAGUGAUCGAAAGGUGUGGUGGAGAUUGUAAACGAAGUUUGGUAAACUCGGUAAAUAUUUCACUCUGCCAAAGCUCACUAAUUUUAGAGUGAAACAAAGGAACAUAUACACAUCAAGGACCCCGAAAAAUGUAAAACAGGGUUCACGGAGCAAUAAUAUUACAUAAUUCAUGGUCAUAAAUAUUUCAGUAACCCACUACUAUCUAACCAUCACCUGAAUAGCAUCAAAUGAAGCAGAUGAACAUUUAAUAUUCAUGGCCAUAAAUAUUUCAGUAGCCGAUGAAACCAUUAAUGUCGAUGACACUUGUUAGGCCUAGACAUAUAUCCCUCUGGCUGAAAUACAAUCGAUAAUUACCACGCCUUCUCCCUCCCAGAGCCCUGAGUGCGGCUGGUAUGGUGUUUGCGUCCCACCUCUCAGUGGUCGCGGGUUCGAUUCCCGGCCAUUCCAUUGAGGAGUGAGAGAUGUGUAUUCUGGUGAUAGAAGUUCACUCUCGACGUGGUUCGGAAGUCACGUCAAGCCGUUGGUCCCGUUGCUGAAUGACCACUGGUUCCAUGCAACGUAAAAAGCACCAAACAAACAAAAAAACAUCAAGGAUCAAGGAUCUUAUAUAUAUAAUCUUCCUCCCAAAGUUAUAGUCUUGUUCAAGAGCCAUUUCUCUUGAGACUUUAAAAGGAAUGGGAGAUUAAUUUCGAUGCUGAUGUUACUAACUACUUGAUUAGGGCACAAACAAGGUCACUCAGAAGGGUCUCUUAUCGGUUAGUCCAGGUCGUGAGCUGCGCUCGAGAAUGCGAGCAGCAUCCUGACAGAGCUGCUGCUCAUCUUCCAACACGACACGAGGUGCAGCCAAGCCCGGAGGACCCACUACCACAUGCUGAUCCAGUCCCACUUGGAAGAUUUCAAGAUGUCCGCCAUGCCGGUCGUUUGCUUCCAAUUCAUAGAGGACCGUUGCAAGCGCCUGAAACGCCUGGACCUCUCCUACAUGAGGGUGAUUCGCCCCCCGGCCUUCUUACGCCUAAUCCCAAAUCUCUCUCACGUGGUGGUCCUGACGCUCAGGAUGACAGAAACUACUGACCAGUUAUUGGGCCUCAUCGGCCGGCAGUGCCCAGAGCUACGCGAACUGGACAUCUCCAACACCCCCAUCACAGAAGCCGGACUAACCAGGCUCUGCUACGACGCCGAGAACGACAAGCCCCUCUGCCAGAAGCUCCUGAAACUCAGCAUCAUGGGCUGCAUCAUAAGCGCGCGCCCAGUCAGCUUCCUCCUCCAGUACAUUCCUACUCUGUUAGAGAUCGACUACGAUAAUAUAUUCGAGGUCUUCGGCGUCAUGAAGGAGUGGGGGCUGACGAUGGACAACCUCGAAUCCUUGCCGAAGUACCACCUGAGAAUCCUGAACUCCUCCAACGAAAUCGUGGAUCCCGUCGACGUCCAUAUUGCUUGCACUCUUUGCCCCUACGCUACGAACUUCACCUUGAGCAACGCCUUCGUCGACAACGAGAUCCUGUACAAGGCCAUGGUUCUCGAAAAUCUGGCCCACCUCCGGAUCACGAACGGCGAGGGACUCACACUGAACUUUCACGAGGGCGUCCUGCCCGUCCUGACGGUCAAAGGUCACCAGCUCCAGUCCCUACUGCUGGCCAACUUUACCUCCAUUGAUAUUGCUGUAAUUGGAGAGUGCUGUCCCCGCCUGCAGAAUCUGGCGGUGAGCAACAUCACCGUCUACGAGGAGAUCAUGUACCCGAGGGAACACCUCUAUAAUCAUCUGACGGGCCUGGAGGUGUGGUCCGACCUGAGAACUGACACCUUGAAUAUCAUCAUCCUGAAACAGCUUCUAACAUACUGCCUCGGACUGGAGAAACUCUUGGUGCGAAACACCGACGCGCUCUCUGACAAGCUCCUCUACGAUAUCUGGAAGGAAAACCCUAUGAAGAAUCUGUUUCGCCUCACCGUCGACAACUGCCCGAACGUCACGGCCAGCUCCAUCCACGAUCUACUGGACAUGAACAACGACCUGACGCUGAUCAGAGUGUGGGGCUGCUUCUUCAUCACGAAGGACGACAACAAGACGCUGCAGAAGAGGAUAAAAGAUGAGAAUUGCGACCUUUACUUGGAAUGGUUUGGGUGGACCGGUUAAUAAGCUGAGAGGACGUCGUUUCUACUUUCGGAUUCCAGUCACUUCGGUGCGUUUUGUAGUACCAAAAUGUACAGGAACAAACUCGAUGCUCAGCUGAUAUUAAGGCAAUUUGCCCCCCCUUCUCUCUUUGGUUAAGUGGACAAAUCGCUGCUGUUUGGUGAAAAUUCAAGUGAGCUAAGUAGGAGAGCCUUUGUAAAACAUUGAAGUAUUUUUUACGGGCUAAUUUCACCAUUCUGGCAAUACGUUUACGCUCAUGACGUAAUUGUAACUGCCUUUAAAUACUGCGAUAUGCACCACUUUUUCAUAUACUAUGUAACUCUGUUGGAACUUUUAAUGACAGAUUUUUUUCGUCUGAUUUUCUGUGAUAAAAAAAAAAACUUGAUGGGGUGUUGAGUGAAAUAUCCAUUUUAGAACAUUGUUAGAAUAUAGUUUCUGAAAAUAAAAUUACCUGCAGGAAACGCAGCCUGUAGCAAUCUCCCAAGUUUGUUCCCACACAAAACCCCCUUUUUUAUGGAUGUAUUUAUAUUACUUUUCUUAUUAAUAUUUUUUACUUAGGACUGCUUUUUCUAUACGGAGUAAUAGAGUGGCGAACCUUUAGCUGUUCUUUGAAUACCUACUCAUGGAAAUGGGUAUAAUAGGCCUAGUGUCUUUCAUAGCGAUGUAGGGUUGUAAGCAACUUCAGAGUAGUGAAGGUAAACUAAGCCUCGCUGUCGCCGAAACCUAAUCUUUAGAAUGAUAAUAUCGACCUUAAGACUCAUUCAUAUGACCUCAUUUAUUUGAUCUAUCAUCAUCUUGAUGUAAAACUAAAUAGUCCUUCCCGCUUGAUGCUCAAUUUGGCUUAUGCAGAAUGCUUGAAGUACCAGAAAAUGUUUGUGUAACACUGCUUCGAGUCUCCAUAGAAUAUUUCAGUAUAUUUGUAAUUUUGGUAAGCACAGAGAUAUUGUCAAAAUAAAGGUAUAGGGAUGUGUAGUUUUUUCUCCCCUUCUGUGACAAGCUGAUCCUGACAACAGGCACGAUAUUACCAAUUUCACUUGCUGGGAAAAAUGAAACCUUAAAAGGAAAAUCAUUUGCGUUAUAUGACAUAAAUGAUUAUAAUUUUCAAUGAGGUUCAUUUUUGUCUCGAAGAGGUAAAUCCCAUGAUAACGUAAUAGCCUAAGAUUUACUAGACCAUGAUGUCGCGAAGAUUAUAAGAUAUAGACCUUGCCGAAAAGAACUACUUGUCAGGGUAAACGUUUUAGUGUUGAAAAAAUAUACAUAUUUUUGUGAAUAUUAAAAGGAUAGAAGGGUUGCA